AUGCCGAAGCGCCGGGUCACACAGGCGCAGUUGAACCAAGUCAACAAGGCAUUCCGAACUUCCUCCAAAAUUGUCGAAGGAAGAUGGAAAUACUGGCCCAAAAUUUCUGUUGAAACAACUGGGUACGAAAGUGGACCCUUCCAGUAUUUGCAUGACAUCUUCAAAGACAUCGUCGACGAAUGCCGCAAGGUUAUCGAAGGAGCCCCCAUAGUCGAUUUCUUCAUCAACACCGGAUUGUCUGCAAAUCUUACACGCUCGGUUACUGGUUCUCGACCGGAUGGCUACCUACUGAGAGUACCACUGGCAUCCAAGCCUGUUAAAGAUCAUCCGUCAUCCCCUGCGUCUGCCGAGCGCAAGGAUCUGCGGGAAGACAUAGCCGUCUCAAUUGAGUACAUGGAGAAUCAUGAUAGACACUCCCGCACAUGUAACGAGGACAAGAUUAUUUGGAGUAUGCAUCAUGUGAUGCGGCGCGACCCGUGCCGUCGUUUCACUUUCAGUAUCACUAUCGAGAACACACAUAUGAGGGUUUGGCACAGCAAUCGCAGCAUCAUCACUGUGGCCAAAGAUUUUGAUUUUUUCGGAGAUCACGAUGCAUUGAUCAAGGUCGUAACAUCCUUUGCCUUCGCAAAAGAGGCCCAUAUGGGUUGGGACCCAACUCUUCGACGACGAACACACGGGGGACAGUAUGUUUUCGACAUCGACGUUCAUGCACCCGAAGGCACGGUCGAGACGUUUACCGCCGACAAGAUCAUUUACAGCUUUGAAGCUAACACGCGGGUUUUCCGAGCGAAGGCCAGUGACGGCAAGACUGUCGUUAUCAAGGAUGUCUGGCGAGACCAAAAUGGCGUGUGA